CAUUUCACUGGCGUGAAUAUUAAACAGUAACUUUCGUGUGUUGCACAUAGUCAAACAACAUGGCUCUCAAGAUUUUUAUUUUACUUAAUUUUUUAACUGCGUGUGUGAUCAGUGAUUCAUGUGUUACUUAUAAUUUCGAAGAAGAAUUCGAUAUAUUUAGUAACCAUGGCAUUUGCAGAAAUAAUGCACCAUGGAUUGUCGGUAACUACGAAGAUUUGGGCUUAGCCAGUCCAAAUGAGCACAGUACUAAAUUCAUUACACCGUCAUUAUAUGGUGAAUUAAGUUGCGCCUCGUCAUCUUACUUUAUAAUGCAAGCCGAUGCCGAAUUAGAAUUCAAUGUCUACGUAGAAUCAGGAAUUAGAAAUUCCAUUCUAUUUUUGGCCUUUGCUGAAGAUCACAGUGUAAAUGGACUAGCAGCCAAUUCAAUGACUAUUAGUGGAUGGCAAACUGUUAAAAUGCCAAUAUAUAGCUCUCAGUCUUUUAGAGGAUAUAUUGUAUUAGUUUCCGAAGCGUCUCCCAAUGCUACAAUUUUGGUUGAUUCAUUCCGCUAUAUACCGCCUGGUGAGGAUGAAAGUUUAUGUCAGAUUUACGGAUAACCAGCCACCGACUCCAAGCCAAUCACAUCUGAAGCUUACACCGUUUUUGAGGGAAUGUUUUUUAUUUCGAUAUUGUUUUUGGUCUUUCUUCUGUCAAAUAAAUUCAUUUCAAAGUAAAAUAAAGCAUUAAAAU